AUGCACGGAAAGCAUUUCGCUCUGACCAUUCUCCUCUUGCCCACCCUGGCGGCGCUCGUCUUGACGGAAGAGCCGUUAGCCGAUGACCAUCUCGUGAACAACGAACGGCAACUGCUACCCAACUUCCAGGGGCUUUCGUGGUUCAGACCCAACAAUUUCCUGGCCAAUCUCAUUCAGAGAACGACCGGCGAAGAGUCGGAGAAACCUGCGAGUUCACCGGUGACUGCUCUGCUGGCGUUCCCAAUUCUGUCUGCUUCAAUGGAACCUGCCUUUGCAACCUUGGCUACAAAUACAACCAGGCUGAUGGAUCUUGCAAGGCAGUCGAAAGCUGCUAUGCAUGCCCCAACCGCGACGCUUGCCAAUCUGGAACCGACGUUUUCUGCAACGGCACCUGCAUUCGCCGUCAGUGCUAACUCCAAGAGCGAGGUGAUGAAGUCUCCCAACUGGCCGGCUGAUUAUUCUCCUGGACAAGACACGUUCUAUUGUUUGGAAGCCGGCAUUGGUCGCAAAGUGAACCUGCACCUGCACUGGAUCGAUCUGGAGACCCACUGCGGAGCAAAGUGCGACUUCAUCAAGGUGUACGAUGGCUGCGUUGCUCAUGACGAAAACCUGAUCGUGCUGCUCCAUGGAGAUAACUCCCGGUCGAACGAGAAAUCUAUUGUUUACAAUCGUGUUUUUUUUGUUGCGUACAACAAGUCGAAGAAGCGAGUUGGUGACGUCGUUUUCGAUGAUAACUUUGAAACCCACAUUAUCCGGAUUUGCAAGAAAGGAAAUCAAGUAGAAAGCAAUAUCAUCAGUUCCAGUUGUGUUCUCUGUGAUAUGAAAACGUCAGAGUUGAACUUGAAGUACUCUGAAAAGGAUUGA